AUGUGUAAGAAGCUGGUUUCAAUCAGAAAGGUUGCUCUUCGGAUGCUUCAGAUCUUAGGAUUCCUUGGACAACAGAAUGUCAUCCAUGCUGAUCUCAAACCAGAAAACAUCCUCUGUAACUCAGAAAACAUAUCUGAUGGUAUCAAAGUGAUUGACUUUGGGAAUGCUAUCCAUGGAGUGUAUGAGGAGCUGUCAUUGUACUAUGAUGAAUUUGAACUCCAAACCUUGCUCUACAGGGCACCAGAGGUAAGUCUUAUUCUUUUACACCAUUCCUUUAUCAUCCUGAUGAUGGUGCCCGAGAUAUUUCAGACUGCCCGAGAUAUUUCAGGCUGCCCGAGAUAUUUCAGACUGCCCGAGAUAUUUCAGGCUGUCCGAGAUAUUUCAGACUGCCCAAGAUAUUUCAGGCUGCCCGAGAUAUUUCAGACUGCCCAAGAUAUUUCAGGCUGCCCGAGAUAUUUCAGGCUGCCCAAGAUAUUUCAGGCUGCCCGAGAUAUUUCAGGCUGCCCAAGAUAUUUCAGGCUGCCCGAAAUAUUUCAGGCUGCCUAA